CCACAUGGUAUUCCUCGUGGUAAUGUAAACCAUGACGCGUCCAGUGGCAUUUGUGUCAUAACAAUUUCGAGUCCGUCUCCCCAAGAUAACAGCAUCACCAAAUGGAGGAGGAGGGGGAGGCUGAAGAAGAAUACGUCGCAAACAUUGUUAAACUCCAGGCCGAUUUUGCUCUUAAACGUAAAGACGAAGGGUGGAGGCCAGACAAACGUUUAAAAACCUCUCUGGAGAAGAUCGGCUACACGUUUGGCGCGACCAUCGGAGACGGACUCUACAGCAAAGUGAAGCGAGCAUAUUGCAGACAACUGAACAGGGAGGUGGCCAUCAAGAUCAUUCAGAAGAAGAAGUUGCCCCAAGAAGUACACGACAAGUUUUUACCACGAGAAAUUGCCUUGUUGCAAAAACUGCGACACGCGUCACUAAUCGUGCUGCACGAGGUGUAUGACACGGCCACUACGUUGUACCUGAUGAUGGAGUUGGCGCAGAACGGCGACCUGUUGGAGUACGUUAACCACGUGGGCGCCCUCGUCGAGGUGGACACGCGGCGUAUCAUGCACCAGCUGCUCGACGUCGUGUCCUACCUGCACGCAAACCUCGUCUACCACCGCGACAUCAAGCUGGAAAACAUUCUGCUGGACGAGUUCUACAACAUCAGACUCUCAGACUUUGGAUUUGCUCGCUACAACCCCACCCACGAGCUGUUGGACACGUUCUGUGGUUCCUACGCGUACGCCGCACCGGAAGUGCUGAACGGGGAGGAGUACGACGGGGCUCAGGUCGACGUCUGGAGUAUGGGUGUUUGUAUGUACGCCAUGCUGAACGGCAGACUGCCAUUCCGAGAUGACGACAUUGACGUUCUAAGGCUGGCCCAACACGAGAAAGUGAAAUUCCAUAAGUACGUUUGUAAAGACGGAAGAGAUCUGUUGAGAGAGUUUCUGAACGUAAUUCCCAACAGACGCAUUACAAUUCCCGCCGUCAGACGCUCUCUGUGGAUGCGCAAACCAAUGAAGAACGACGGACAAUCCAUGUCCAGCUUGUCAGUCACAACAGUGUCCAGUUUUAUCCAUCCUGAAAGUUUGGACCCAAAUGCGGAGCACGGGUUUAGCUGUACCCAACAUAGCAAGGAGGUCAAACCAAUGACAGUGUCCAAUGUUCUCCAAGCAGUGGCGGUCAAUCACAGCACUGGACGCAGCAGUGUUGAUCUCCGACAGGUCAUCCCAACCAAGAAGGAGUCUGAUAUUGCCAUGACAACUGGCGUCAGUGGGCCCGCUGGUCGAAGACUUAGCGUCAAACUAGGAAUAUUGCCAGCUCUGAAAGCCGACACGGGAUACAACAAAUCUAAAGACUCGCAGGAUGACACAUCUGGUCCAGCUACUGCUACUGUGUCUGGAGCUGGGAAAGCACCACUGGGCAACGUCACCAAAUCUGUGGGCAAGUUCAAGAUGGUGGCCAAGGCGGUGACGGCCAUGAAGCGCUUCCACCGCGCCCCGCUGACGACCAUCUUGUCGAUCCCCCAGGAGAAGGCAAUGGAGAAGGUGAUCCACGAGAGGCAGCACGCGCAGAGCCACGAGAUGAAGGGGCUGCACUACACGUCGCCCAGCAAGGUGGCGCACCUCUGUAAGGAGCAGCGUGAGCACGAACACGUCACUAGACAGAGGAGUUCUCUAGAGAGGCAGAACGAGCAAGAGAACAGGAGGAAACGCAGAGACGUGUGGGACGCCACAAUGUCACUGCUCACAGAUAAAGAAUGAAAUACCCAAGCAUAUAGUUUUUAAACAUCUUUUUAACAAAAUCCUAAUGUUUCAUAACUUAAAUAUAGCAAGGAAGUACAAGUUUGUUUUAAACAAAUAACUAGAGAAUACUAAUGGGAGUAGUUGCUACAUACCCAGCAUAAGUAAAAAGUGAUAUAUUUUAUAGCACAGGGAAACAUUUUGGAAAGUAGUAUUUAAUAAUGACACUCCUGCAAUGUAAUCGGUGUCCGACUGACUCAUGUCACCAAAUGAGUACUUUUUGAUAGCUGCAAGCUCUUCUCGAGCACUUUUUGGUAACAAUACCUUACAUAAGGAAGUAAUCGAGUAAUUUAUUUUAAAUCAUCAAAAUCUGCAGUUUAUUUCCGAAUGUCCCAUGACCUAAAUAAAAUGGAGAAUAUCAAUGUCAUAAACGCCAAGGCUCAAAUUUAUCAGCGGCCAUGGCGCAAAAUGUCGCAAUACUCUAGUCAUGUGUCCCAAUGCCAUGGAAAUUAAACAGUCAAGGCCAAAUUGGCUGUGCCUUAUUUGACAUUCUAUUAACAGGUCAUCCUUAACCAUAUGUCCCAUGCCAUAUAACUGUAAAUAAAAUGUGUUGAGUGUGUUGUUAAAUAAAACAUUUCCUUCAUACUUGAA